AUGGGUCGCAAGAAGAUUCAGAUAAAACCUAUUAAAGACGAGAGAAAUCGUCAAGUGACUUUUUUGAAGCGCAAGUAUGGGCUUAUGAAGAAAGCUUACGAGCUCAGUGUAUUGUGCGAUUGUGAAAUCGCAUUAAUUAUUUUUAAUUCAAACAAUAAGCUUGUUCAAUAUGCGAGCACGGAUAUUGACAAAAUCUUAUUGAAAUACACUGAGUACAGCGAACCUCAUGAAAGUAAAGGUAACCAUGAUACGUAUUCUUCAACACAAGUACCCGGGCAGUCCGGUCCUUAUUCCAUUAAUAAUUAUCCUAUGUACGCACAAUCUCAACAUCAGCAAUUUAUGGUUCAACAG